CGACCUGGGGCCACCAGCAGGACAUCACCUUUUUGUGCCACAACACACCACACCACACCACAUCCCUUGACAUCGCGAGGGCCGCCACGAGCCAUGCAUUCUUGACCUUCUGCUUCUCUCCUGCCUCCUCGCCAACUCGCCUGCUGCUGCCCCCCGCAGCCGAGGCCUCUUCACUCCUUUUUUGGCUACGCAGCAUCUUCAUCCCCACCAUCUUGUCCUAAUCUUCAGUCCUCAUGACCCCCUCAUCCGUCCUUCGCCAUGGCCUGCAGAUCCUGGCCCCCGUGGCCCUCAUCCUGACGACCUACCUCUACCUCUACCCCGUCUUCCUCGGCUGCGCCUUCCCGCUGCCGCCACAGCCUGGCCAUGUCGCUCCCAGCGGCCACCGCCCCGAGCCCACCAACUCCAUCUCCUCGCCCGCCUUCCACGCCACGAUCCAGCAGCACCUCAAUGUCUCCAACGCGAACCGCGCCCCGUUCCGCCUCCUCACCCUCGGCGACCCCCAGCUCGAGGGCGACUCUUCCAUCCCCAAUUACGGCUUCGACCCCUUCUGGCACCUCACGUGGGCCAUCAAGCACCUCACCUACCAGACGUGGCAGCCCUCGCUGCGCUUCCGCGUCAAGCAGAUCCUCCACGACCUGAUCGACUUCUGGCUCGACGACAUCCCCAACGCCAUCGAGGCUGUUCGUAAGCGCAUUGACCUCUUCGGCAAUGACUUUUACCUCGCACACAUCUACCGCACUCUACACUGGUGGACCAAGCCAUCACACGUCACCGUGCUGGGCGACCUGCUCGGCAGCCAAUGGAUCACCGACGAGGAAUUCGAGCGCCGCAGCUGGCGGUACUGGAACCGCUCCUUCCGCGGCGGCGAGCGGGUGCCCGACGACGUUGCGAUGCCGCCGGCGGACGAGUACGAGAUCGCAGGCUACCUGGGGGUCGAGGACGACAACGCGGCCGCGUGGCGGCGCCGGAUCAUCAACAUCGCAGGCAACCACGACGUAGGCUACGCCGGCGACCUCUCGCAAGAACGGCUGGACCGUUUCGAGCGCGUCUUCGGCAAGGCCGCGUACGAGCUCCGCUUCGAGCUUCCCAUCACCAACACCACGACCAACUCGACCAUCUACGACGCCCAGACGAACCGCGAGUCCGACCGGCUCGUGCCCGAGUUGCGCCUCGUCGUCAUCAACAACAUGAACCUCGACAUGCCUGCGGUCGACCAGGGCCUUCAGGACAAGUCGUACGGCUUCCUCAACUCCGCCAUCAACACAGCGUCCGCGGUCGAGUUCAAGGGCCACUUCACCAUUAUCAUGACGCACAUCCCGCUGUACAAGCCCGAGGGCAUCUGCGUGGACGCGCCCUUCUUCGACUUCUUUGACGAGUCCGAGGGCGGCGGGAUCAAGGAGCAGAACCUGCUCUCGCUGGACGCGUCAAAGGGCUUCCUCGAGGGCAUCUACGGCCUCAGCGGCAACCCGCGGUCUCCCGGGAAAGGCAUGGGGCGGCGGGGCCUGAUCCUUAACGGCCACGACCACGAGGGCUGCGACACUUGGCACUACAUCAACCAGACUCUGGCCGAGGGCGAGGAAGGGCCAGCCCAGUGGCGCGCGGUCCGCUGGGCAGACGCCAUAGCCCCUCUGCCCACGACCGCCACCAAUGACCUGGACAGCAACGCCCCGUCACGCAUCGCAGGCGCCCCCGGCGUCCCCGGUGUCCGCGAGGUCACGGUCCGCAGCAUGAUGGGCGAGUUUGGCGGCAACGCGGGCCUCCUGAGCGCGUGGUUCGACGAGGACUCCUGGGAGUGGCGCUACGAGUUCGUCACGUGCGCCCUGGGCAGGCAGUACCUCUGGUGGGCGGUGCACAUCAUUGACCUGAUCCUCGUCGUCACGGCGGUGCUGUAUGCCGCGCUGCGGGCCGCCAUGGCCAGCCUGGGAGCCGAUGUCGCGGACCGCUGGCCGGGGUGGGCUGUCCGGUAUGUGCAGAGCUGGCGGGACUGGGUGGUGAAGCUGGGGGAGCGGGCUCAGCGUCUUGCGACGCCGGGAGUGUCGCAGUCGCCGCAGAAUGGGGCGCAGAAUGGGAGCGCCGCUGCGCGCAAGACGGCGGCGACGGCGACGACGACGACAAAAGCAGAAACGCAAAAGGAGGACCAAUCGCACAAUUCACUCAAGCAGAAACCACUGCAGCAGGAUCAUGCGGCGCCCGUGAACGCCCCGGGAACUGCAAGUCCAGAAACCAAAGAGGAGAAGAGGAUAUGAAAGACGUGCGAUAUAUAUUAGUGUACCAAAAAAACAAGCCUCCGAUUUGAUGAAAAAAGGAACAAAAGCAGAAUAGAUAAUAAUAGACAAAUAACUUGGCAUGUA